AAACGGAGCUGGGCUCCCAAUUUCUCUCCAUUUAUCAUCUCAAUCAUAACGAAUCACAAUCACCUGCUGAAAUGGAGGCGGCGGGAGAAACUAAAUCGAUCACAAUCGAUAGCAUCAUUCCGCCGCGGCUGGAAGACGCCGGCCUUGAGGACUGUGCCCUACCGCCGGAUUCCAUCAGGGAGGCAUUUCUGAAGGCAGCCUCAGCCGUCAGAUCCAUCGUUUCGGACGAAGGCGGAUGCGUGGAAGAUCCAUGGGAAGAGCCCUCCGAUGAGGGCUGCGUGGUGGAGAAAGGCGUCGGAUCGACGGAGGCUGCGGGAGAUAGAGUGGUGGUGGUGGGGGAUGCGGAAGAGAAAGUGGAUGCGGUGGUGGGGCCCGGUGUCCCUGACGGAGGGGAGAAGGCCUGCGUUGAUGGAUUGCAAGGGCUUGAAAUUGGGGGAAAGAAAAAUGAGGUGGCAGAUGAGGUGGAGAAGGGUGACGAUGAACCAACCUUGGUUGAAGGCUUUGCUUUGUAGAUUUGUUGGUUUUUGUUGUAAUGUUUUAGACUGCUAGCACUUUGAUCUUUGUUUGAAGUGGCCACAAGAAAAUGGAAUAAACAGUCUGGAGCUGGGAUUUAGCCCCUCUCUGGUUUGCUAUGAA